CCCAAUUGUCCUCCCCCAACGCGCUGAGACCGUACCACUUCGCACACAGAGAACCAUGCCUGCCAAACAGAAGGUCUGUCUGGCAUAUUCCGGUGGCCUCGACACCAGCUGCAUCCUUGCCUGGCUUAUCGAGCAAGGAUAUGACGUCGUCUGCUUCCUCGCGGAUGUCGGCCAGGCAGAGGACUUCAAAGAAGCUGAGCGCAAGGCUCUAUCGAUAGGUGCGCUGAAACUGGUUGUUGCUGAUCUGAAGCGCGAAUUUGUUGAAGAGCUAUGCUAUCGCGCCAUUCAAUGCAAUGCCAUAUGGGAGGACAGAUAUCUUCUCGGAACGAGUCUUGCCCGCCCUGUAAUUGCGCGUGCGAUGAUGCGGUGCGCGAAAGAGGAGGGUUGUAUCGCUGUCAGUCACGGUUGCACUGGAAAGGGCAACGACCAAGUCCGAUUCGAGCUUGCUUUUUAUGCUAUCCAGCCAUCCAUCCAAGUGAUCGCACCAUGGCGUCUUCCUGAAUUCUACAACCGAUUCGCCGGCCGCAAUGACCUCCUCAAUUAUGCUGAACAACACAAUAUCCCCGUUACAUCCACAAAGGCUAAGCCAUGGUCUAUGGACGAGAACUUCGCCCACUGCUCCUACGAAGCCGGUAUACUUGAAGACGCCGACGUCACACCCCCCGAUGACAUGUGGAAAUUGACGGAUGACCCUCGCAAUGCUCCCGAUGCCCCUGAGGAUUUCACUCUCGCUUUUGAGAAGGGCAUCCCAAGUCUAUUAACCCUUGGGGGAAAGAAGAUCUCCGAUUCGGUCGAGAUUUUCACCGCACUCAACGAGCUUGGCCGCAAGCACGGUAUCGGACGAAUCGACAUCGUCGAGAAUCGUUACAUUGGUCUCAAAUCUCGCGGCUGCUACGACUCACCUGCCAUGACCAUCCUCCGCCUCGCCCAUCUCGACCUAGAAGGCCUCGUCCUAGACCGCGAAGUCCGCCUACUUCGCGAUCAAUUUGUAACUGUAACAUGGUCCAAGCUCCUCUACAACGGCCUUUACUUCUCUCCCGAGCGCGAAUUUAUCGAGAAGAGCAUCCUAGCCAGCCAGGACGAUGUCAACGGCCAGGUGCGCCUGCGCUGCUACAAGGGCCUAACCAGCGUGUUAGGUCGCAGCUCACAGACGAGUAAAUUGUAUAGCCCUGAGCAGAGCAGUAUGGAUUCGCUGGACGAUUUCCAGCCCACCGAUACGACCGGAUUCAUUGCUACGCAGGCUAUUCGGUUGAAAGCGUAUGGGCAUGCACAGGCGGAUAAGGGGGUUGAUUUGAGCCAGGGAUAAGUUGUACAUACAAAGCAGUAAAAUUUUAAAAUGCUACCUAAUUUGCAUUUUGCGGGGUAUGGAUCAGGAAGGGGGAAAAUUAAGUAACUAAAGAAAAUAAACGAAGGAGGAGCCAAAAAAGGACUAGUCUAGAUAAGUCUAUGCACGACUAUAUAAAAUGUGCAUAUUGCACCAUCUUUAAACCAAGAAGAUGGAGUGAACCGCAGAAAAACGCUUAUGUCUUCUUUAGAACCGCAUGAAGAUGAGAGAUGAUGAAAUGGACAAUACUGUAUGAAAUUGAGCCUUCUCGACAUGGCUCCUCAAAGAAUUACCAUAAGUCGCACGUCGGCUCCUUAACAGGGCAGUUGAACGCUUCUCUGAACUGUGGAGAGUUCGCCACGGUUCCCUAUAUUGUCAUGAUCGUGUCAAUAGAAGGUAGAAUUGAGUUGUCUUCUUGUUCUCUGACAAGCAUGUUUGAAAACGCGCAGGUUGAAAACGGGUUUGGGGGAAAUUGUGGUCAAUUAUUUGGGUUAUGCUUUUAAAAGACUCAUGGGGAGAAGCACUUAGGGAGUGGAGUGGGGAUGAAAUAUUUGUCAACGUACCAAAAUCCUAGCAAAUUGGGGUGAAUGCACAUCCGUCUGCACUCGUAUUGCCGCUGCCUGCGGGGUCAUCUUUGCACACCAGACCGAGCCAAACGAUAUGAAAAAAAGUUGUUCAUGCGUAUAAUUUCCAAGCCCAGGGAGAGACUGCGAUGGGGAGGCAGCCUCGCGUUUCUGCCAUGCACGGUAGGCGGCCUUCA